AUGCGCAGAGAUUAUGAUGGGAAAGUGACUCCUGAGGAGGUGGCAGCUGCGGCAGUGUACUUGAAGGAUACUUUAAGCAAGGAGGGAGUUCAUGAACUCAUCAACAACCUUUCUAAAGACACAGAUGGGAAGAUUCUUGUUGAAGAUAUUGUGAGGCUGGGGAGUCGAUCUGAAGAUCCCAAUACAACUGAAGCCGAGGGAUCAUAG